CGGUUGUAUAACAACAGACAUUUAUACAACCAAAGUGAGAUGUCCUGCUGCUGACUCCGUUCGGCACUUUCUUCUGCAGCGUCUUCUGAAGCGGAGAGGAUGGUCAACCUCGGGCUCACUAAAGUGGACGAUGCGCUGGUGGCAAAACAUCCGGGUUUAGAGAGGUAUGCUGCCUGUCAGUCCCAUGCCUUCAUGAAGGGGACAGGGAGCUUUAUUUUAGGUGCUGCCGGCUUAUUUGCCCUUCAAAAGGCUCUGCAGAGGAGGCUGCCUUAUGCUCUUCAGUGGAACCUGCUCAUUUCAAUAGUGGCUUCGUCGGUGGGCAGCUAUGCAGUGACUCGCUGGGAAACCCAAAAGUGCACAGACCUGUGGCUGCUGUUAGAAACGGGCAAAAUCCCAGACAGAUCGCCACCACAGGCGCCCACACCAGAGGAGCCAGUAGGACCCAAGAAGACAGUAUAUGGUGAUGUGAUGGAGUGACAGUGCUUUGAAACAGUAACAUUAAAGACAGACACACAGAUA